AGCUGAUUAACGUGCACAGGGGCUUGAGUUUAUCAACGCUCACUUUGCAAGAGUUAAUAUCGAUAGAAUAUGUAGUUCUGUUCAAUUUAUUUAUAUUCAGAUUCAAUUCCAAAUUUUUUUAAAUAAUGAACUUCAAAUCAAUGAGUUGAGAUAACUGCAUUGCUAGGUGUUUAUAUUAAAAGGAGAAAUAUGAGCAAUUAUUUGCCAAACGUUCCUAGAGAGCUAGAAAAUUCAAAAAGGCCAUUGAAUAUUUUAAUAGGAGCAAACGAGAUGAGUAGAGCUUCUCUUGAAAAAAUAGAGCCUACACUUUCAAUGUAUAACAUACAACAAAUCAAACCCAGGAAACCUCGAAGCAUUAAAAAACCUGUGCCAAGGGCUGAAGCUCACAAUAAAAAAGAAUGCUCAGUUUUCAAUGAUCCAGAAGUGCAGGAGCAGUUACAAAGUCUGAUUCUUGACGUUUUUGGCCAGAAAGAGAAUGAGCAAAAAUCCUUCUCCAAUAAUGAAUGCGAGAAGUACAGCUCUGAAUUUGAAAAAUUCACUAACAAUAAAAGAGAAAGUAUCCUGCGAUUUCCAUAUCUGGUUGAUCGCAUAUCGAUAAAAUCCUCAACAUCGAUUAGGCAGAGCCAAAAUGAUGGAGUUGGAUCAUUAUCGACAAAUAAAAUUUCAGUCCAUAAUAUUGAAUCUUCUGGAAUAAAUCAAGAGGACCGGACUAGAGAAAAUGAAGGCCAAUCUCAACAAAGCGCAUGUACAUAUUUAUGUAAUAAUCUUAUGAAGACCAUUGACACACAUUUGAAGGCAGCUUCGUCUCCCUCUGAGAAUUAUGAGUGCCUGAACGUGGAACAAUCUAAACAAAAAAUUUUCAAUAAUGAUGAUACAAACCUGAGAAGAAAUGAAAAAUCAAUUGAUGGGAUUGACGGUGAAGGAAAUAAAAGUGACGUCAGGGAACAAAAAAUGAACCUGAUUCGGAAAGUCACGCAAGGGAGUAUAGACUCAUCAAAUAAAUGCGUACAGAAUGCAAGAAGCAUUGGAGAAUCGAAUAGCGAUAAUACUAUAGUGGCGUCUUGUACCAAAAUUGAUGAAGAGAAAAAGAAAGAUUUCCUCCACUCGUUUUUUGGGUUUGAUAAAAUACUAAAAAAUCAAAGCAGUUCAACAUCAUCUAAUAAUUCAAAGCAUAUACAACAAAGAGAAGAGUAUUCCAUGGAGCAGACACAGUCAACUCAUUUCAAUUUAUCUGUUUCGAAAGAGGAUUUCCACCCUAACAAAAAUCAAUGUAAUUGCAUUAAUAAUAAUUUUCAAUCAAAUUCGACAGUAUCUAGAAUGGAAAACUCAAAAUCAGCCGAAAGAUUCAAUGAACAUGGUUGUGCCAAGCGUUGCAGUUGCAGUAGUCAACAGAUAUCAAUUAAUGAUUUUCCUAGUGAGGGUUCUUUUGAAAAUAGAAAGAACAACAAUUAUCAGUUGCCAAAAGAUCACCUCUAUAGAAAAGAUAAUGAGAGUAACAAUUUGAAACAAAUGAAGAAUAAUUGUUGCUAUACUGACAACUUCAAUCAAGUUGUGAAGGAUGAAAUUCCAAGGUCGUUUGAAAUGAAUGAUGAAUUUUUCGAUUUUGAUCCACAAUUGAGUUUUCUUCUGGAAAGACCUUCAAAUUCGUUCUCUCCUUCUAAUAACUUUGUUGAACAGAAUGUUUAUUUUUGUGAUGUUAGUAAUAAAAUUCCAUGUAAUUUGAAUCCUUCAGAAUCAACUAAUAAUAAUUCAAGCAAUGUAAGGUUAGCAACAACUAACACAGACCAAUACAAAUCAAAUGACUAUAGGCCUACCAAUAACUCAAACUCAGAAAAGGAAUCUCACAACAACAAUAGUCAAGAUAAUAGCACAUCCAGGCUCUAUGAUAUUUCAAAAAUUGAGAAUGAGAUUGAAACUAGAAUACAAAAUCAAAUGCGUUCAUUAUAUGAUUAUUCAGAAUUUGAUGAUCAUAAUAUUUACUACGAUAAAUCAAAAAUGAUUUAUAAUCGUGGAAACCAAAGAGAUAAAAACGAUGAUUGCUCAAGUGGAGCUCCUCCUCGUAAAUCAAGUUGCGAUGACCAAAACCACAAGCUAGAUAAUCAAGAAAGUCGUGAACAAUCAGUUGACAGUUGUACCUGUUCUCGAAAUUCUAAACUGCCAACGACAGGUUUCAUAAACAUUUCUGAAAAAGAAUCAAACAAGGGUUCUCCAUUUCGAAACGAAGCAUAUGAAAUUGACAGUGGAAUAAUUGGUGAAUCGUCUUCCAAUAAUUAUAAUUCCAACCAAAAAUUGAGCAUGGAAAUAGAAAAUUAUACGACAAAAUGCUCCAAUAAAGCAAUGCCAUUAUCUCAGCUCAUAUCUUUGGAUGAGCCAGAUUAUCUUCAACAUUUGAAAAAGCUUCGCUGGGACCACAUCCAGCGAAUUUCACGAGAAGUUCAAAGAUUGGAGUCAUUAGAAAGAUUCCUGGACUCAUGUGGAUGUGGACACAUCAUGGAUCUUGCCGCAGGUCACUUAGCGUGAAAUUUCGACUGUGUAGCUUGUCUUUGUGAAUUGUCUAUGAAUUUAAUAAUAAUUGGCUGUGAGAAAUGAAUUGUAAAUAAUAAUUAUUAUAUAUU